UUAAGAGAUGGCGUUUUAGUUUCCAUUAGUCGUGUCCGCAAGUCGCUUUUGUGAGAAAUUGUUUGUGGUCGAAAGGAAAUAGCGUUAUCAAUAAUUACGUUAAUGCAAAAUGGCGAUGGCGGCAGCACAGAUUAAGGGGAGUGGAUGGCCCCGAAGAGCAAGUCAGAGUACACCAUUUGAUCAAAAAUUUGUAGCAAAUCAGUCCAUUACCAUCAACAGAACAAUAAACCUGUAUCCACUUACAAAUUACACAUUUGGCACAAAGGAACCACUGUUUGAAAAGGACCCUUCUGUGCCUGCAAGGUUUCAGCGGAUGAGAGAUGAAUUUGAGAAGAUUGGAAUGCGCCGUAGUGUAGAGGGAGUCUUGUUGGUUCAUGAGCAUGGUUUACCUCAUGUGUUGUUGCUGCAGUUGGGCACAACAUUCUUCAAACUGCCAGGUGGUGAAUUGAAUCCUGGAGAAGAUGAAGUGGAGGGGCUGAAGCGACUUUUGACAGAGACUCUUGGCAGGCAAGAUGGCGUGAAACAGGAUUGGGUCAUUGAGGACACAAUAGGCAACUGGUGGAGGCCAAACUUCGAACCGCCACAGUACCCUUAUGUCCCUCCUCACAUCACUAAGCCAAAAGAGCACAAGCGCCUAUUCCUUGUGCAGUUGGCAGAGAAGGCUCUGUUUGCUGUUCCUAAGAACUACAAGUUAGUAGCAGCUCCACUGUUUGAGUUGUAUGAUAAUGCUCAAGGCUAUGGCCCCAUCAUCUCUUCACUGCCUCAGGCACUUUGCAGAUUCAAUUUUAUCUAUAUGUGAGAUGUACCAUACAGUGAAGUAAAGGAGAGGUUUUAAGUGUUGUUGGAAGUUUCAUAUUCUUUGUGACUAAGAAGAAGUACCGUCUGUCCUUCCAGGAUGCUGUGGAAAUGAUCUCAGUGACAGCCCAGGUGUAGGGACAUUUAGUAAAAACAUAAAUCAGUUUGACAAAGCUUCAUCUUAUUAUGAGCAGUUUCUGUAGAACAUUACUGUAUUUUUAUAGUGUUCUAGCCACCUGAUGACUGUAAGCCUUGAAAUUUCAUGUGAACUGGAAACACUUAUGUCAUAUAAACUGUCAGCGUAAUUUUACGUAACCAUAACCAAACAUGAAAUUCAUUGCAAGCUGUACUAUGUUUAUGUCCAGUUUUAUUUUCUGUUAGUCUUACCUUUAGGUUACAGUGUUUAUUACAACUGACAUGUCAGGUAAUAUCUACAGAGAAUCUAAAGGAAAAUGUAUACAUAUUUUAAUAAUGAAAAAAUAUGUAUUGCAUAUUGUGGAGAAAAACAGUAUUUAGUGUGCAGAAGCAGUGGUAUGUACCACAUGAUUGGCAUUGGCCACUGUUAACAUGCACACGUUGUAGCAAUGAACAGCUCAGGGAACUUGCACCAAGAUUUCUGUUGUGAUGACUGCACAUAACUUCUCAAUUUUAUGCAUAAAAUCAUGGAGUGUUAAUUGUUUUCUACCGUAUGUUUCUGCUUCAGGCAGCCCCACAGAUAAAAGACAGUAAAACCAAAAUGUGAGUGAGAUGGGUAUUCAUUAGAUCCUUUUUGUCCUGUACAAUGAUCUGGGAAAUUAGCAUUCAGCUAGGUCCUGUCAUCACAUUAGAAACAUGAGGGUGCCUGUUCUUGUUGGUAGUAGAUUUCCUCAUUUCCAUACAUCUGGCAUACGACAGACGUAAUGGAUGCCUUUGGCUUGUUGAGCUACUAACUGUCUCGUCAAGGAAAAUGGGUCCAGAUUAACCUUGUAUAGCAUACUCUGAGUUCUGGCAAAUUCACUUCUACAUCCAUAUGAAUAUGUGAAUUCUCAUGGGACCAGUAAACAGAGUUAAAGCAGUUCACUGUAGAUUUUAGCUCAAAGGUUGGUUUAUCAGACCAGAUGGUUAUGCCCAUGAACUUUGUAUUGUUGACAUUCCCCAGAAUCAUAUCAUAGGUUACAGUUCUGUACACAAGAACAUCUUCAGUUGCAGCAUGGGACUGACUGCCUUCACUUGUAUGAUUUAUGCCUUAUGGUUUUGUGAAUGUGGUACACAGUCUCCCUGUUGAUGUUGAUGUCGAAGCAAUUGUAGAAAUUGUAAUAUCACAACAAAGUUAUCACUACUCAUUGAGCAGGUUUGCCCAGGUUUUUAUGCAUGUCUUGUACAAUUCCAUCAGCUCCAAAUUUGUCAUUAAUUACAGAAGUUGUUGGUAAUGCUGAGCCUCAGUAGCAAGUUCACAGAAUUAACUUCAUUACUCAAAUGUCAAGCAGUCUCUCUUGUUCUUCAUUAUGCACUGUUUGAGAGAGGAGGUAUCAUGGUUGUCUAUACCUCAUGCCAUCUGUUAAGUACAUGCAGCACUACUUCAGCUUACAUUCUGAUUCUGUCAUGAAUAUGUGAAAAUAUAUUCUUUAUUCAGAUGUGUAUACGUACUUCUUAGACACUCUCUGGUUUUAUGUCCCAUAUAUUGCAGUAUAGAGCACUUAACUGCAGUUUGCAGGUAAAACUAUAAUAUUGUCUCUGAUAUGUGUCAUGUGAAUUACUAAAGUUGCUACCAUAUGUACCUUGCGUAGUUUCUCUCGGUUUAAUGUCUCUUUAUUAUGUGUUGCUGAUGAUAAGAGAAUUAUUUUCUCUCCAGUAGCAUAGUUUUUCCAUACAUUACCUUCUUCACCAUAAGGUAGGAAAUUAUGAAAAUCACUCAGAUGAAUUCCUACAUAGAACAUACACUAAUAAAAAUGUGAAGGGUGUCCAUUUAGAGGUACUCAUAUUAUGCCAGUUGACAUACCUUACUUGUUAAAAGUUUAAACGCCCAGAAAUGUAAGGGACAGUUUGCAUCAUAUAAAAUGAUACUGAGUAACUGUGUGUUGUUUGGCUGUAUGCAUAUUGUGUUUCUUGCUGAGUAUAUUAUUUUGUCAGACACACAGUCAUUUGCUGCCACAUUGGUAAAACUGCUGUAUGAGUCACUCAAAGAAAUGAUCUGCAAAAUUUGUAAUGGCAGUAUAAGUGAUAUAUAUAUAAUGAACAGUAUUUUCUGUAUAGUAGUAGAAUUGCUGUGUUGUGUUUAUUUAUAAACAUGCCAUUUUUUACUUCA